UCAGACUCAGGCAGAGACCGAGACGAGCAGAGAUGAGUCUGACGGACAAGGACAAGGCUGCGGUGAAGGCGCUGUGGGCCAAAAUCUCCAAGGGGGCGGACGCCAUCGGGGCGGAAGCUCUGGCCAGGAUGCUGGUGGUGUACCCCCAAACCAAGACCUACUUCUCCCACUGGCCGGACAUGAGCGCCGGUUCCGGUCCCGUCACCAAGCACGGGAAGAAGAUCAUGGGUGGAGUGGCGCUGGCGGUGGCCAAGAUGGACGACCUGUCCGGCGGCCUGCUGGAGCUCAGCGAGCUGCACGCCUUCCAGCUCCGGGUGGACCCGGCCAACUUCAAGAUCCUGGCGCAGUGCCUGCAGGUGGUGAUCGCCAUCAUGUUCCCCAACGACUUCACCCCGGAGGCUCACGUCGCCCUGGACAAGUUCCUGUCCAACGUGGCGCUGGCCCUGUCUGAGAAAUACCGCUGAGCCGCUGCAGCACAUGAUGCAGCACGUGAUGCAGCACCAUGAACAACCUGACAGAGCAAUAAACAGCUUGCCGCCCAACA